AACACAAGACAGAGGGGUGGACAAACAGCCUGGAGUUGAAGCAGUGCGCACAUGCCCUGAGGAUUUUUGCCAUCCAUCACUGUUGUCAGUGAGGGUUUCCAUUACAGCAGUCACAGAUGGCUGAGCAGGGGAGGAUAGUCAUGCCGACUGUCGGAGCAACAGGCAGCAGGGGAGGACUGACCGACAACACAGUCAAACUCUGCAACACGUCUUAUAGAGCGUCAUAUGGAUUCAAAACAGAUCCAGGCAGGGCGAACUUCACUUCUUACCUCAGACCGCCCAGUGGGUCAGGCUUCACAUCAAACCAGAGACCUGCCAUUUAUUACAGGCCAUGUUUGGACCACGUUGACAACCCUCAGUUUGGACUCCUGUUAUCUGACAGCUUCGUGUCUCAAACUCAACGACACUACCAGCAUCACAUCCAGUCUGAUUGUUCGGGGUCUUUGCCAAACCUCAUUAACAAACCCAGAGACAGCGGCUUCCAUCAGCUGAGGAGUCGUCCGAAGACAGCGGCUGUGGAGGAAAAGACAGAGUACCAGAGAUUGUUUGUGCCGCAUCGGCUCACACCUACAGUCUCUGUGCAUCAUGUGACUGUGGGUCCAAAAGGAGAGAGUGGUUUCACUGAGGGAACAGACCUUAGACUAAACACAUUUCAGGAGAAGAAAAGCUGUUGGGUUGAACCUCUGCAGACUCACGGCUCAGUGAUGAAAAAUGACUUCAUGCCGCCGUCAUUUCUAAAGGGCACUGAGGCGAGUCCGAGCCUGAGCUGCAGCCGUUUUUCCAGAGAAACAGGAUUCACUCGAGGUGCCACCGCUCCCCCGGCCUGCCCAACCUCCCCUCUGCCAUCACCCCAGACUAAAAGUAGUGCACCAACUGAGAGGACAAUUGGAAACAAGGAGCCCACAGGGUUUCUUCUCAAUGCUCCAAACAUCCAUGCUUUCCCUAACACACCUUUUGAUUGUUCACACUUUACUACACAGUAUAGGAGCACGUUCUGUAAAAAUGCUGGUUAUGAAAAGUUGAAUUCUGGACCCACUUGUGCAGGAAUCACCCGUGCAAAAAUGGACAGCGGAUACAAUCGGCGAGACAUGGAUAGGUUCAUCUUUAGGGGCUAAACCUUCACACACCUCAGAUGGUACCUGCAUGGCUUAAAAUAAAAUGUGUUAACACGUUAA